UUUUUUUUUUGAGAUUACCCUACCCUAGAAUAUUAAUGUCAAAAAUAGAUAAAAAGAAUUCAGCACUCCAUUUAACGGGUGGAGCAUUAUCAGGCAUGACAGCAUGUGUUAUACUUCAGCCACUUGAUCUAAUAAAGACACGUUUACAACAGCAGCGACAAGACCAUCUAGCGUUUUUAAAAGAAGCAAAGCAAAAGGGAUUAAAAGUAUCACCCCAAAAGAGUAAUAUUUAUUCUACAAUUAAAGACAUUGUAAACACUAAUGGUUAUAGCGGACUAUGGAGAGGUACAGUUCCUACUAUUAUGAGGAUCGGCAUUAUACUUUUUUACUUUAGCUGAAAUUAGAGACAUAUUAACAAAGACAAGAAGUAGCUGGCAACCUUUGUUUAAUAAAUCUAGUUUAGAACAACAUCAACGUUGGGAAAAUUUAAUUUCAGGAUCUACAGCUAGAGGUGCAGUAGGAUAUAUAAUGAUGCCUAUUACAGUAGUUAAAGUUAGAUAUGAGGUAAAGGAA